UCUCCGGGAUCCUGAAGCACGGACUGGGAGAGAAGAGCCCCUUUGCUUCCUUGCGGGAUUUAUUUGUUUGCUAAUUUUUUUCCUUUUGUUUUAUCUUUCAUUGACCAUUCGUAUCCGUAUGCCUGCGACUUGCCUGGACCAUCCUCACUUGCCAGGGAGAGAAAGCUGCCCCGGCUGUCUGUAAGGAGAGAGGGGUCCUCGACGGGGAGGAUGUGGCAUGCUGCAGUCGGCUCACCAUGGCAGGACAUGGCCAGUGACCAGACAUUUUGUUCAACUUGAACCUCUUUUUUCCCGGCUCUUGGAGUUGACCGUGUUCUGGGACCUCCGGCGCAUUGUUUCACUCUGUGCUAGCAGAUUUCACAGACCACCUUUUGGGAAUUUUGGCUCGGAACCUAGCACGCUAAAAGCGACUCUGCAUUCUCUCAAUGAGCUAGUGCCCUUUGGAUAUUACAUGACUCCUCGCUUUCGAUUGGAUUUCACACGCUCACAUCCGAAUUUACUGCUUGUUGGAAAUUGCGGCACACCUGUGUAGGCGGCCUUUAUUGGUGGGGAGUUAAGCUGCACCUGGAACUGUUGCUCUUAAACGGGCUUGGUUCCCUCAGCUAGAGAAAGUGCUUAGGUGGGCUUUCCCUCAGAGGCAAUGGAUGGCCCUCGGUCCAAUGGGCUCCGCAAAAAAAGGAAGUCGAGGUCAAAGAGGGAUCGUGAGCGGAUAUCAAAUGGGAUAAGGAACAACCACGCGAGGGGCUCUGUGUUCCGCUUCUCCUCGGACUCGGAGCGAGAGGGGGCCAGGGAGCCCCCUUCCUCUCGUCCCAGGCCCCCGAGGAGGAAGAGGAAGGAGUCCAAUUCCUCCGAGGAGGACAUCAUCGAUGGCUUUUCCAUCGCCGGCUUCAUGACACUCGAGGCGUUGGAGAACGACAUGACCCUGAAGCCGCAGGAGCGCCAGGCCCACCGUGCCGGGCCCCUGCACAAGAAGAGGCCCCCGAGGGUCCCCAACGGGCUGAGCCUGGAGCCCUGCAAGGCCCAGGGCCGCCAGAACAACCACCACCACAAACCCCACAGACCCCACCACCAGCACCAGCACUCGGACCAGGAGAACAACCCCCGCCUGGCCCGCACCUACGGCAAGAAGAAGAAGAAGAAGCACCUUCAGAAGAAGAACCGGACGGUCAGUCUUCUCUCCUUCCUGUCCUCUCUCUGGGUUUCCUUCUCUCUCUCUAUCUAUCUCUCUUUUUUUUGUUUUUUUUGGGGGGAAGUCCUUUCUUCCUCUGCUCCCUGAAAGGACAAGCGGAUGCUGGGUGACAUUGUGGAGUGCCAGGGGCCAGGUCUGGUGAUCCUGAUCAGGCCUGAUGGUUCCAUCAAUGGCACUUAGAGGUGGACACGAUUUGCAUCUGGAUCGCCGGAUGACGUCACGGACAGGAUCCUCUCAUGGUAAACCGUGGGGAAUGCUCCUGUUGUAGUGACACCGGCAGCAUGAUAAGGGAAACAAAGCUCCUUUGAACCCGGGCCUUCGUCAAGCGUCGUUGCGCAAUAGAGAUGUUCUAUUCGCAGACAAUUAGAACAAACUCAGAUGGAUUCUUUAAUCGUGCCGGAUCAUUAGAGGGGCCGUCUUGCUGCGUGAGAUUCAUUUCAGAUUCUAAUCCGAGGACUUAAUUAAUGUUACAUUAGGUUUGGAGACGGCUUCUCCUGUUCACUGUCUGCAAUUAGAGCAAAU